UGUUACGCACGGAUCAAGCUUUCAGGCGACGACGUUCCCACGAGCAGAAGAAAAGUCAGACAGUCUCCUUUGCUUUACUUUACACGCUUUUUGGGAAAAAAUGUCGGUAGUGAGCGCAGUGCCAUUCAUGAAGCCGCUUCACAUGCGCUCUCCGGUGCCACGGGGCCGCCGCCACACGCUGCCGGCCAGCGAGUUCCGCUCCCUCAGCCCGGAGGAUGCCAUCAGUGUGUUUGAGAUUGAGAGAGAAGCCUUCAUCUCAGUGUCCGGCGAGUGUCCUCUCCACCUGGACGAGGUGCGUCACUUCCUCACCCUGUGCCCUGAGCUGUCUCUUGGCUGGUUCGAGGAGGGACGUCUGGUGGCUUUCAUCAUCGGCUCACUGUGGGACCAGGAGAGGCUUACCACGGAUGCCCUCACUCUCCACAAGCCACACGGGACCACCGUCCACAUCCACGUCCUGGCUGUGCACCGGACCUUCCGUCAGCAGGGCAAAGGCUCCAUCCUGAUGUGGCGCUACCUGCAGUACCUCCGCUGCCUGCCCUACGUCCGCCGCGCCGUGCUCAUGUGUGAAGACUUCCUGAUUCCAUUCUACAGGAAGUCUGGUUUCAAGGUGCAGGGCCCCAGUGAGAUCACAGUGGGGCCCCUCGCCUUCAUUGAGAUGGUUUACCCAGUCAGGGGCCACGCCUUCAUGCGUCGCAACAGUGGUUGUUGAGGACAGAAGGACUUAAUGUGGAUUCUGGAUUCUAUCAGCGGUGGUGGGACCCCCGUCCACUAUUGGAUACAGAAUUAAGGGGAAGGUCUGAGCGGCUUUGCUGUACGUGAGCGCUCGGCGCAGCAUUUGGAAUCAUCAUCUGUGAAUGAGACUUGUUCAGCAGGUGGUGAGGUGUGCAUUCUGCCUGUGAGUCUGCAGACAGCGGAGAACAAAGAGCUGCCGUCCAGCUGCCUACAACAGCUGUCUGGAAGAGUGGUGGAAAACUUCUUAUAUAUACACGAUCUGCAGUUUAAUGCCAGUUUAAGAAAAAAAUCGUUAGAGCAGAGCCUGGAAGAAUGUAAUAAGUUAUUACAAAUUAUUAUUUGUUUAAAAAUAUUUUUAUUUCAUGAAUGUAUUAUUGUAUUCAAUAGAACGCAGCUGCCUUGUUUCUGUCUUUGCCCUCUGUCUUAUAUUUGUUAUUUAACCACUUGAACAUGGUUUCUGGCUCAUUGUGAAGCCAACGUGAAAUUUUCUUUAGACAUUAAAAGCAGUAUCUGCCCGUUAUGAAUGUAUUCAGUCCUGUAUAGGUUUGUGUUAACAACAUGCCUUUAACAGCAGCAUUAGAAGAUUACUAUUUAUGUUACACUGUUUAUAAUUCUGAUGACAGAACGACUGUGAAGUAAUGAGCCAAAUUAAAGCGCUAACCUUCAAAAACUGUGGAAUAAAAAUACAAAGGGAGGGAUAUCAGCAAUCAAACAUCAGAUAAUAGGUCAAUAUAUUAACUUGAACAAACAUGUCUGUCUUCAUCAGUGUUGUAUGUAGACAUAUAAUCACAAAUACAGUUGUUUAUUUAGUAUAUAUAUAUAUCCUAAAUAUUUGUUCUGUCAAAAUGUCUCCUUGAUAGUCUCCUGUUGCCUUUCUCCUUGUAGACAGUCACCACCUCUGCCUCCCAAAGUCUUUAAUCAAGACCAAUGUUUUUUUUGUUUGUUUUUUUUAAACAAUGUUUUGUCCUUCAAAUA